CUUCCCUGCGCAGGCGCAGUCGGUCUUCACGCCAUUUCGUGGCCUCGUCGCUCAGAGUUCCCUCACGAAUGAAUUGCGCUCCUGCAUUCCAUUCAGUCAAGGGAAAGAAAACAAAAACAACCAAACAUUGUAUAGAGAAAUCAAAUCUGAGACUACAAAUCCCAAGAUGCAAAUGGAAGAGGAAGUUGGGGGAAUCUGCUUCUCUGGCGCUCAUUUGCAAAAAGCCGGGAUGGAGAAACCUGAGCAAAUAUCUUCUUUUCAAAAGGAAUGGGAGCAAAGCCCAGGAGGGAAGGGGGGACCCUCACCAAGACCCUUCCAAAAAAGGACACCUCUUGCAACCCAGAGAAACUGUAACACAAGUUUCAAGUCUCCCGUUCCAUCUCUAAGAGCCUGUCAGCCUGCGGAUAAGGAGACUCUGCAGCAGGAAAUUGAAGAGCUGAAGAACAAAAUUAUUUCUUUAGACAAAGAAAUCGCCCCUCUAUUAGCUGAAGGAUGCAGUUUAGAGGAAUUAGAAAACCACAUCGCUCUGCUCCAUGAAUACAAUGAGAUAAAAGAUACCGGACAAAUGCUUUUAGGCAGACUAGUGAUCAGAGGGGUCACCACAAAAGAGUUGUACCCUGCAUUUGACCUGGACCUUAAUGACUAGAAGGAAUACAAGAACAAUGACAACUGCUGACCAACAUGGUGGAAACUACUGUAAGUUCAGGUGUUCAGAAAAAUAGAGAUGAAACAAUGGCUUAACAUUUUACAUUUCUUUAAUGUUAAUAGAUGGGAGAAGUUGACCUGGCUAACAACUAAGCAUUGGUGCAUAUAGGGUGUUCUCCAAACCAUGGAGAAUUGUAAGUGGUUGUGUUGAAUUGCCCCCCCCCCCCUUGUUUCUGAAAGUUGAACUAACCAUGUAAUGUUUGGUGAAGGGGAGUAUAAUAUCCCAUCAGUUCUAAAUUAUGAACAUAGAAUGUGUGGCUGUCCAUCUGAUGGACAACUCCCAUUAGCCCUAGAAAGUAUAGCCAGUAAUGAAGAAGUUGUAGUUCAACAUCCCCUGGAGCUGGGAUAAUAGAAGGUAACAUCCUAUAAGAGGUUGAGCCUCUUCUGGCUUUCUUCCCUGAAAAAAAUGACCUGUUUUCAAUUCAUAUGGUUGGACAAUCCUCAUAAUUCAGACUUAGCUCAUGUCCGUGACUUUUUCAGUAUCUUGGAAUGAGGAUUUCUCAUCUUACUAGUUGGCAGAAUUUGGGUCUAAACUAUGACAGAUGUUGUUAUUCUUUGAGAAGGUGAUUGUUCAGAGAUAAUCACUUGAUAAUUUGUUUGGAAAUAAAUAUUAAAACAUUGUACUGCUUUCUUGA